AUGCCUCCCCUCAAUCCCAUCCAUGUUCGCGGCAAGAAAAAAGGCAGUGCUUCUAAGGCAAGUACUCCUUCACCAAUUGGCUCAUCUGCUGGAGAGGACAAAAUGAAGCAGAAAGAUCAGAAGGUCAAACCAAAGAAAUUGUCUCGCCUGGAACGCCUCCCCAAUGAGCUUCUUGCCGAGAUCUUCAUUGAGAGCUGCAGCUAUAAUCUUGCCCGUUGCAACCGUUAUCUGAGGAGCCUGCUUCACAGCGAGUACUGUCUGACCAAACUUGUGGCUAAAACCUUUGCGCCCACUUGGUCAAUGUAUUUUGACGAGCCUAUGGACGGGGACAUUGCUGAUCCCACCACGCACCGGUCUAUUGGCCGGCGUCUUGACCGAAGCCGCCGACACAUUGUUAAGGCUCAGGAACAUCUACUCGGCUGGAAGUUUUUCGACAUAAAUAUCGUCUUGAAGGCUCAACAAAUCUGGUUCAAUGCCGUGGCUUGCUUCAACCACGAUUACCAGGCCGCCAAGAGGGGAAUCCGCAGUCGUCGAGUCGGAUGGAGUCAGUAUAGAAGCCGCCAGGACGUCGAACCGGGAAUCUACCUUGGGCCUCGCCGCCUGCACGGCCCCUGGAGUGAGGACCAUGCGCGCCUUGUCUUCUGGCUAUAUACCGGCGGCGCCAUCGUUGACAAUGAAUCUUGGGAUGGCUACGUCUCCAUGAACCUCACGGAGAGCCACUCGCACUUGGGGGACUUCAACCCUUUCUUCAUAUAUGGCUCCUCGCAACUAGUUAACGUCAAGACUUGGCCCCUCUAUGACGCGUACCAUUUUUAUCUUAGGUGGAAGGUCGCGUGUGAUGACGAGCCCGGGUUCGAAGCCAUGAUAGAUCUCAGAGAUCGUCUGAGGAGUACGUUCGAGGACGAUGAUAUGAACGCCAUUCGAAGUCUCAGACGCAACGCUGGUAGAGACCCUAACGACUCGGAUCUCGAGUAUGAUCCCGACAACGAUUCGGACAUCGAUGCGCCGUUUGACGGCGAUAGCAACUUGGAGCGGAUUCGACGCGAAGUGAGAUAUCAGAGGAUGCUUGAUGCGCAGGACGAGUCGGAAGAUGGAGAAAAUGAGGAGGAGGAAGGGGAAGAGGAGGAAGAGGACGAGGGUUUGGAGGGCUAUAUCUCUGGACAGGACGAGGACAAGGAUGGCGAGGAGAGUGAGAACGAAGAGAUGAACGAGGAGAACAAUGUUGUUGCGGCUGCUGAGGCAUGA